UUACCGACUUUAAAACUGCACACACUACUAAUAUUUACAUUCGUGUUCUCUAUGUAAGUGGUUCGAUUUGAAGUUUUUAUAAUAAGAGGGUUUUUCUUUGCGUAUCGUUUUUAUUCGUUAAGUACUAACAUCAAAUAAGUAGAUAAAAUGCCUCCAAACGUAAACGACCAUGACAGUACAUUACUCGACACAAAAAAGGAGGAGCUGCCGAAAUUAAUAGCUCCACAAGCCGACGACUGGAAGUUCAAGAUUUCAUACCCCACCGUUGUAGUAUUCAUCUACUUCCACCUCUCGGCGAUUUAUGGUCUUUACUUAUGCUUCACGUCAGCUCAUUGGGCUACUAUGAUUCAUGGCCUCAUAUUUUUGGAAGCCGGGUUGAUCGGGAUACUAGCCGGAGCCCACCGUUACUGGUCCCACAGAAGUUUCAAAGCCAAACUUCCACUGCAAAUCAUUCUCAUCAUUUUCCAAUCGAUAGGCGGGCAGUAUACCGCCUACAAUUGGGCUAAGGACCACCGUAACCACCAUAAACAUGCUGAUACAGACGCUGAUCCUCACAAUUCUACUAGGGGUCUAUUCUUCUCACAUAUAGGUUGGCUACUGGUGCAAAAGCAUCCGGAAUACAAAAGAAGAGCAGCCAGAAUAGACAUUUCAGAUUUGAAGAACGAUAAAUUGUUGACUUUUCAGUACAAACACGGGUUCGCCUUUAUAUUUACGCUCGCCUACUUCAUCCCCACCCUGCUCCCGAUGUUACUCUGGGGGGAGACCUUCGUGAACGCCUUCCACGUUAACAUCCUCCGCACCAUUCUGUCCCAAAAUUACACGUCUUUAGUCAACAGCUUCGCCCACGCCUACGGCAAACGGCCUUAUGACAAAAACGUCAGAGCUACGGAUAAUAUGCUAUGUCACACCUUAACCACUGGCGAAGGAUUUCAUAACUAUCAUCACGUGUUUCCUUGGGACUAUAGGUCUGCAGAACUUGGGACGAAGUUUAACACCCCAGCAGCAUUUAUCGACUUUUUCGCCUGGAUUGGCUGGGCGUACGACUUGAAGACGGCGGAAUAUAGCGUGGUUGCUAAAAGAGCUUUGCGGUGUGGUGAUGGCACUUUUAAGGAACGAGAACUGAAAAACGAAAACGAUUUUUAAUGUAUUUACAUUUUAUAUUUUAUGUUUAUUUAA